GUAAACAAGUCCAGGCGCCUGCGAACCCGGGCCCGGGGGGGACGGCGCCCGCCAGGAGCGCCCCCCACUCCCAGGCCAGCCCAUCCCGGCGGACCGGGCCCCGCGCGCCCAGGCGAGGUGAGGCCCGCGCCGUCAGGGCUGCGUGUCGCCCCGCGCCCCUGCCCAGCCCGCGAGGACUGCCCCCUCCCCCGGCGCCCGCCCCCACCCCCGCGCCCCAGGUGAGCCCCGGGGUCCAGGUAAGGCUCCGCGAUGCAGGUAAGAGCCCCUGAGCCUAGAGGAGGCCUUGACGCCCGCAGGUGAGAGCCCCUCCCCUCCUAGGUGACCCUCCACCUUCACGGGGAGGCCUCCUACCUCUUCCAGGUGGAGGACCCUCUCCCCGAUGAACCUCCUAAACCACCAGUGAACCCCACUGCUCUCCAGAUGAGGUCGCAAGGACCAACCAGUGCCUACCCGCCCAUGCUCCCCCGAAACUGGGAACUGACAGCCCAGCCCCUCCAAAGCCCCUUCCUCCAGCUUCAGCUGCCAGGUCAGCAAGGGUGAGGCCGGAAGCAGGCGGGUGACUCACCGUGGGCACCUCCGAGCCUCAGUUUCCCCAUUGAUGCAACCUGAGGCCUCCUCACUGAGUCAAAACCGAGACGCCUCUGGUCCCCGGAGAGGCUGCUGGCUCUGGGGAAAGGAGAGAGCAGCCGAGUGUGACAGAGCGAGUCCCCACGGCUCUGGGAGUGCCUCGCAUGUGUGUGGCCCAGGUCCUGACAGCCCACCUACUCCCUCCCUGGCAGGCACUGGGCUCCCUCUGCUCCCCGUGGGCCGCUCCCCGCGUGGGGCCACUGCCCCCGGCCCCCGCCAUGGUGCGGAUUUCAAAGCCCAAGACGUUUCAGGCCUACUUGGAUGAUUGUCACCGGAGGUAUAGCUGUGCCCACUGCCGCGCUCACCUGGCCAACCACGACGACCUCAUCUCCAAGUCCUUCCAGGGCAGUCAGGGGCGUGCCUACCUCUUCAACUCAGUGGUGAACGUGGGCUGCGGGCCAGCCGAGGAGCGGGUGCUGCUGACCGGCCUCCAUGCUGUCGCCGACAUCCACUGCGAGAACUGCAAGACCACUUUGGGCUGGAAAUAUGAACAGGCCUUUGAGAGCAGCCAGAAGUACAAAGAGGGGAAGUACAUCAUUGAACUCAACCACAUGAUCAAAGACAACGGCUGGGACUGACCCCCGCUCCCCCGACGCAUGUGGCUCCAGCCCGGCCUGGCCGCCAGGGAGCGCCACCGGCUUCCCGCCGCCCGAAGGGAGCUCUGGACCCUCAGAGCCCCUGCAGAGGACGGAUCUAGCUCCUGUAUAUAUAUUUUAUUGCAUGCACUGUGACCUUGGGGGGAGAACAGAAGGGGGACGACGCCCCCGCACCUCCUGCGAUCUGGCUGGCUUGGAUCUCGUUUUUAACCCGUUCCUGCCCCACUUGCCCUGUAGUUAUGGCCUGUGUUCUGCUCUCCUGGCCCCAGUGCACCGUCUGCUCUGUGAACUCCUCCCACCAGGCCCUUCUUACCCCACGCGUGUCUGUCCCCCUCGUUCUGUAGCGUUUGUACAUAAUAAAACAAUGGAGUGGAGACA